AUGGGCCAAUCUGUCCUCGUCAUCGGCGCCACACGGGGCCUCGGUGCAGCUCUGGUCAAACAGUAUGCCUCGCAGGCAUCGACACAUAUUUACGCAACAACCAGGAGGGACAAGAGGCCGGAGGGUGGGUUCCCCGAGAACGUGAAAUGGCUGACGGGGGUGGAUCUGAUGGACAGCUCCGUCGGAGACGCCCUGGUUACGGGAAUCAAGGCGCAGUCGGAAGGGCCGCUUGAUGUCUUGAUUAUCAAUGCUGGGCGCUUUAUGCUUGAGGACUUCUCCGCGGAAAGGGGACCGAGCUGGGACGACCAGGUCACAAUGUACACGACCAGCUCGAUCGCACCGACCCUGAUAGUGCACCGCCUCACCCACGCCGGACUCUUGCGACACGCAUCCGCCGGGACCACCGGAGGAUCCAAGAUUGUGUUGGUAUCUAGUGAGGCCGGCAGCAUUACUUUGCGCCACGAGAAGGAGGGCGGCGGCAACUAUGGGCACCAUGCGAGCAAGGCCGCGCUCAACAUGGCUGGCAAGCUGCUCGCCAUUGAUCUCAAGGAGCGUGGGGUGAUCGUGAGCAUCAUUCACCCAGGCUUCAUGAGAACCGAGAUGACGAAAGGGGUCGGCUUUGAUAAGCAUUGGGACGAAGGCGGUGCCGUUACACCCGACGAGGCAGCCAAGAGCCUUGUUGAAUGGACACAAAACCUCACACUAGAGCAUUCGGGACAAUAUUGGGCACCGCGCGGACCUCGCGACAUCGGUAUGGCUGAGACAGUCCUUGGCAAAGGUCUUAGCACACCUCUGCAGCUCCCAUGGUGA